GACAAAAUGAGUCUAUCCAGGUUCAAGCAUCUCCCCCGGGCCGCCCACGGCCCCGUGAAGUGCCCCUACCAUGGCACCUCGCUGCUCACCAGCGCAACAUUCAACAAGGGGUCCGCCCACCCAGAGAGCGAACGCAAGGAAUUCAAACUCCACGGCCUGCUCCCACCAAACAUCCAAACGUUAGACGAGCAGGUCGACAGGGCAUACCAGCAGUACAAAAGUCGCCCGAACGAUCUGGCCAAGAACACCUUCAUGGCGAGCAUGAAGGCCCAGAACCUGGUGCUGUACUACAAGCUGCUGCAGUCGCAUCUGAAGGAGAUGUUCAGCAUUAUUUAUACGCCGACCGAGGCGGAUGCUAUCGAGGAUUACUCUAGGCUGUUCCGGAAGCCAGAGGGGUGUUUUUUGAAUAUUCGCGACCAGGAUCGCAUUGAAGAAAGUCUCGAUAAUUUCUCCACGGGCGACGAUAUUGACUACAUCGUUGUCAGCGAUGGGGAGCAGAUACUUGGAAUUGGCGACCAAGGAGUCGGUGCAGUUCUGAUAUCUGUUGCGAAGCUGGUCAUAACAACAGUCUGCGCUGGAAUCCACCCAUCACGACAGCUGCCUAUUGUUUUGGACUGCGGGACAGAUAAUGAAAAAUUACUAAACGACGAUCUAUACCUGGGCCUGCGCCAACCGCGCACCCGCGGCGAGGAAUACGACCAGUUCAUCGACAAAUUCGUCCAGGCCGCACGGAAGAAAUUCCCAAACGCAUAUAUCCAUUUCGAGGACUUUGGGCUGCAGAAUGCCAAACGCAUCCUCGACAAGUACCGCACGCAGAUACCCUGCUUCAACGACGACAUCCAGGGAACAGGCUGCGUUACAGUUGCUGCCCUGAUGGCCGGCCUUCAGGUCAGCAAUGUCAAACUGAAAGACGUGCGAGUAGUCUGCUUCGGCGCAGGGUCUGCAGGCACUGGCAUCGCCGACCAGAUAAGCGACGCCAUUGCCACCGAAGCCGGGAUAGACAAGGGCGAGGCAAUGAAGCAGAUAUGGUGCAUCGACAAACAAGGGCUACUGCUAAAAUCGCAAAAAGACGAACUCACCCCUAGUCAAGAGUAUUUUGCUCGAAAAGACGGUGAAUGGCCAGAAAACGAAAAGAUCGAUCUGCUCUCCGUCGUCAAACGCGUGAAGCCACAUAUUCUCAUCGGCACUUCGACUAAACCCCGUGCCUUCACUGAGGAAAUCAUCAGCGAGAUGGCGAAGCAUGUCCACCGCCCCAUUAUAUUCCCCCUAAGCAAUCCGACCCGGCUGCACGAGGCCCAGCCGCAGGAUAUCACCAAAUGGACGGACGGCCGGGCCAUGAUCGCGACAGGCAGCCCGUUUCCUCCCGUGGAGCAUAACGGCGUGAAGAAGGAGAUAGCCGAAUGCAAUAAUUCAACUGCCUUCCCCGGCAUCGGCCUUGGAGUUGUGCUGUCGCGGAGCCGCCGACUAUCCGAGAAGAUGGUCGUCGCUGCAUCAAGGGCUUUAGCAGCCAAGGCGCCAGUUCUCAAAGACGCUAAUAAACCACUUCUUCCAGAUGUGGAAGACGUACGGGAGCUGAGUUUGGACGUUGCCAAGGCCGUAAUCAAGACGGCUGUUGAGGAAGGGCUGGAACAGCAAGAGGGAAUCCCGGGUGAUGAGAAGGAAUUGGAGGAGUGGAUUCGCGUGCAGAUGUGGGAGGCGACAUAUCGACCUCUUGAGAGGGCAAUAUAGGGUUAUUUAUUUUUCUAUAUAGUGAAGCAAUGGACGGCGUCUAUACACAACGUCCACAGGCUAAAAAAAGGCUAAACAUAAUGACGAGUACAUAGAUCAAAGCAAACCCCGAUAAGAAAACCACAAAU